AUGUCGGCCGCCAUCCUCAUCUCAUCCUCCCCGCCGCCUGUCUUUGCCCGAAGUCCCACGCCUGUUGAAGUCUCGUCUCCCCUGCCCUCUCCCAGCUCUUUGUUUCGGGGCCGGAGUUCCAGUUUAUUCAAACCAGCCCAAAAACAAAGAGAUGGCAUCGCAUUUGGUUUCACAAGUGCCCGAUCGCUAUUGACGACAAGAGUGGGAGGGGAAAAUCUACCGUUACGAUCCUCGCCAGGGAAAGACAAAUUCAAGUCCAUAUCACCUCAACCUUCGAAUGUCGAUGUCGCCAGCAGCCCUCGUUUGAAAUUUCUAUCUGAUACCCCUGGCUCGCAGACAAAAGAGAAGAAUUACCAACCUCGAAGUGUGUCAUUUAGGUCUUCGCAAACCGUUUCUGAGGUACCUGAAAAGGUGCACGGAGAUGCGGUCGGUCUGCCAGAAGGAGAGUGCGAUCGGCGCUGGUUUGGGGGUUCAUUAAAGGGAGAUGAAAACAUCUGCAUCAGUUCACUCAAACGGACAAAGGCAACACCGCGGCGAACGGAUUGGACACCAGCAAGGUCAGGGAGCCCUGGUCCCUCAACGGGGUCGCCAAAUUCUCCUCUUCAAGCAAUGUCGCUAGGUCACGCCAUUCAGACGUGCUCGUUCGUCGAUCCAGUUGGAGAUAACCCGGCACGGAAACAAGAGGCACAGGUAGCUAUCAGUGGCCAGCAGUCGAAGAGUGGUUGUGUCGAUCCUGUCACAAUUGGUGGCACGCUGGUCGAGGUUUCGAUCAAGCCUGGCGUCGGAAGGGACUUGCGAAAACCUCCCACAAGGAAGAGGAACAAAUCUCCAGCCAAAAAGCCGCUCACAAUAACUGCAUUGGCUACCUCAAACUAUGGUGAGAAACCACAGGGUCGAAAACUUACCACUAUGCAGGAUUAUGUGAGCGCGACACAGGUCAAUGCAAACGACGAAUCCGAACCUCUCACUGGCCCAUCAGCGAAAAGUAGGUCAAAAGCACCGGGCAAAAAGUCACGGACGACCAAGAAGGCGCCCCCAAAAAGUCGAUUACAGUCCCCAACAUCGGCGCUGAAGGCUGUUGAGUCUCAGGAAGUCGUCUUUGGUUCUGCUAGCCAACUUGUGCGGGAGGAAUCGCCAACUUUGCUCCGGGAGACUCUAGAAGCUAUCAGACAAUCGGAAUCCAUGCUCUCAUCCGAUCCAUUUUCUCCACAGAGAACCCAGCCAAUCUCCAUAGAAGCCACCUCACCUCGAAAUCUGCCAGGAACAAGCAGAUACGUGAAAAGAAGAAAUCUCUGGGGCAUCGCAGGACGUGACGAAGAUAACGCCUUGUUGCAAGUGGAUACGAUCGACUUGAUCGAUUCUCCUGCAGUGCGUGAGGCUCUAGCCGGAAAAGAUGUUCUCGUACAACCCGGUGUACAGUUUCUUGCCAACAAUCGUAGCGCGAAGAAGCAAAACAUCUCUUUUCAGGCGCAGCAGACUCCACUCAACCACAAAAGCACCCUUCUGUUGGAUAUCGAUGAUAUCGUAACACCCAGCUUGCCAGUUGGUGGGAUGGCCAUUCUUCCACCUCAGAAAAGGACCAUUCACACUUCGCCUCCUUCCCAGCAACCUCGCAAGAGCACACAAUCUGUUGGGGAGAACAACGAGAAGGCGGCAACUUCGAAAAAGCCCAGCCCUGCGAAAGCCAAGCAAGCCCCCGUUAAACCGUCCUACGCUGGCUUUUCAACUGGUGAUCUACAGAAGCAGAUAUCGGCGUUCGGAUUCAAGGCUGUCAAGAGCCGUGACAAGAUGAUUGAGCUGCUGGACAGGUGUUGGGAAGACAAGCACGGCCCCGCGCCAAACGACUCUAUCGACCAAGAUUCCGUGGAAACCUUGACCCACGGCGACUUUCUCAGUAAAGUCCACGAUAUCACCGCUCGACCUGUGCCCAAGGCGAAGAAACCCCGCAAGCGAAAAUCUGAGGGGACGGAGCUCAAGACACCUAAAGAGCCAAAGCGGAGGAAGAAAGCCGAGCCAAAACAGAAAGACGCUGAAGAGAAGCCCAAGAAGCCAAAAUUGGUACGAAAGCCGGCCGCUAAACUAGCUCUUUCAAAAGAGUUUGUCGUAGAUGUUGACGACAUUGACGAUUCCAAUAUUGAAACCAACGUAGCCUCCAAGGCCUCGGUCUCGGUCUCUGAAUCUGUUUCUAAAACGAAAACAGCUCUAAAGAAAAGGACCUCCAAAGGAAAUGAGGCGGCAAAGAUCCAAGAAGCAGCUCUUUCACCACUCCCGGCGACGACGAGACACUCCUCACCUCCAUUGCCAGAAAGCCACUCCUCAAUACCAGUUGGAACGACUACCGCCAUUGACAAAGAAGCUUCUCAGGGCCUCACUGGUGAUGAUACUAAGCUCGACGUCGAUGCAAUCCAACCUCUGCAUACGCCGCCGUUGCCUGAUAUCAAGGACCAAAUCGGAGUCGCGAUCACUUUUGAGAGUAGGCUCUAUUCUUCGCUCGGUGCCGGUGCCGGUGCGAGGAACCAUGCGAAGCAUCCGACCUGGCGGGAGAAGAUGCUCAUGUUCGACCCCAUUGUUCUUGAAGACCUGACACGGUGGUUGAAUACGGAGGGUUUCCGGUCCAUUGGCGAAGAUCGAGAAAUCAAUCCGCUCGAAGUCCGGACCUGGUGUGAGGAGAAUGGCGUUUGUAAUUUGUGGAAAGGAGGCUGGAGAGGAAGACGAAAGGGAGGGGGUGACGAUUAA